AUGGAAAGCGGACCGGCUGAUGAGAAUGAUGAACUACAGCGCAAAGUCCUCCAGAACACCUUGCAGGAAGUGGCUGCAAGAGAGCAGCUGGGCGAUGGCAACUGCUGCGUCAUCUGCUUAGACGCUGUUAGCGAUGCUUGCGAACUGGUUCCCUGUGGACACGACAGUUUUGACUAUGUUUGCGUAUUGAACUGGCUCUAUGAUAAACCUCUGUGCCCUUUGUGUAAGAGAGAAGUUACCAAGGUGCACCGAGGACCCCCUGAAAGUCGCGAAACGACCGUCAUUGAGCCCAAGCCACAGCGACCUGAACAACCAUCUUCAACACGGACAUACUCUCACCGAUCGUCAUUUCUUCCACACCGGCGCGAUGUUUAUCUACACAAGAGAUUCUCAAAGCAUGUCGGUUCAAACCGACUUUCUCUUUACCGAGAACUGACACCGAGACUGUUCUGCACCGACGAAGCUCUUGUUUCCCGUGCACGAAUGUGGAUUCGCCGCGAACUGCGAGUAUUCUCGUUUCUCAAUGCUGAUGAACCUGGCUCUUCCUCGUCUACGGCUCGACCAGGAGAUGGAAAUCAAGCCCAGGCGCGGCGAAGAGCAAACAACGCCGAGUUCUUGCUGGAGUACUUGAUUGCAAUCUUGAAGACUGUGGAUAUUAUGGGCAGUGCCGGCCAGGCAGAGGACAUGCUGUCAGAGUUUCUUGGCCGAGACAACGCACGGCUGUUUUUACACGAGCUUCGGUCAUGGCUUAGGAGCCCAUUUACAAGGCUAGAAGACUGGGAUCGAGCAGUACAGUAUGACCCAGUUGUACCUAGGGAUUCGUCAUCUGCUUCUUCUUCGGCCCCUGAGCCGGGACACGGGCGGUGUGAGCGUGCAUCCCUGACACAGCGCGGCCUGGACCGGCCCAGAGGAGAUUACUACCGGCCCGGGCCCGCUCAGCCUUACCGAGAAGAUAGACGGAAACGGCGGCAUGAGCCUUAUAGGCCGGAGAGGCAAAGAAGGGAGAGGAGCGCUUGA